AUAUUGAAUUGAAAAAUGGCUCGUACAAAGCAAACAGCCCGUAAAUCUACUGGUGGUAAAGCACCACGUAAACAACUAGCAACUAAAGCAGCAAGAAAAAGUGCACCAGCAACUGGAGGAGUAAAAAAACCUCAUCGUUACAGACCAGGUACAGUUGCUCUUCGUGAAAUUAGACGUUAUCAAAAGAGCACUGAAUUAUUAAUUCGCAAAUUACCAUUUCAACGUUUAGUUCGUGAAAUUGCUCAAGAUUUCAAAACUGAUUUACGCUUCCAAAGUUCCGCUGUAAUGGCUUUACAAGAAGCUAGUGAAGCUUAUUUAGUUGGUUUAUUUGAAGAUACAAAUUUGUGCGCUAUUCAUGCUAAAAGAGUUACAAUUAUGCCUAAAGAUAUUCAAUUGGCCCGUCGUAUUCGUGGUGAACGUGCUUAA